UCAAAAUUCAAAAAAAAAAAAUUUUAAUUAAAACCUUAAUGCUGAUUGAGGAAUUUUUGGCAAGAGAGCUGAAGCAGAAUUUUUCCAGAAAAAUUUCUUGGUCUUACCUUUCCACUAAAAUUGAGAAACGUUUGAGAAAAGGUCAUAACUUUUGAGACAUUUGUGUCUUGGCCCAAGGAGGAACGCUAUUGAAAACGGUUCGGAUCGCAUCACUUUUUCGACCACCAUUUUCGUUCACUUUCCAUGCAUCGCCGCUCUACGAACGGCUAUUGGAUGGUUUAGGAUAUUAAUGGUUGGUCGUGGCUUUCUAUAGUGUUCGUACUUGUUAUUUUUUUAUUAAAAAAACUAAAUUUAGAAGGACCACAGCGCCAGAGCUUAUUGUCAUCAUAACCAACCAGGUGAUAUAUCACUUUCGAAGGCAUGCCGGCUGAUUUCGGAUGUAAUUGAAAAUCGAUUGGCAAUGCCGAUUGUGACAAAUCUAGCUUUCGAGGAAAUGACAGGAGCGUUUACUCCGUCAAGCGGAACGCAUUGCAGAAUUUAAAAUACUCAUCAAUCCGAUCAACUCGUGAACAGGAAGAUCCGGAGAGAUUAGUGUUUUAGCCAGGACGAAGUAAUCCAACAAACAAGAGGCAACGUUAGAUUCGCCUGGGGAACGCUCUCGUUGUGACUUAGUUGGAACAGAUCAUAGAAUUUAAGAAUUAUAUAAAUGCUACAAGAACAAGAAAGGGUGUAAUAGCCGUAGUAAUUAAGCCAUUGUCUCGUAAAUAAUCUACAUGGAAUCGACCUGGAUUGACGUUCACUAAAAUAGGGAUAAUAUUCCAAUGUAUGGCCUUUAGAUAUUUGCUGUACUAUUACGCUUAUACGAACAUAAAAUAAUAUAAAGGGGUGACAGAUACGGAGAGAGGCAAAUAAUGGUUUCGCGCCGGAAAAUAUUGUCACGUUCUAGAGAUGAUCUAAAUUUGGAUCAGACAUUUAGUCCGCAAGAAGAAGAAGAAGAUGUUUGGUAUCAAAAAGAAAAAUUAUAUAAAGAGCAUAUUCAAGAAGUCUUGGAUAAAUGGACUCAAAUCGAUGACGAAAUUUGGGCAAAGGUCAUUGUCUUUGAGCGUAAUCGUCGUGUUGCCAAAGCUUAUGCGCGAGCCCCAGUCUUAACUAUUAAUGGUUCUGACGAUGGUUUUGAUGGCAUGAGAAUCGGCUUAUGCGGUUUCGAUAAUCCAAUGCGUGAUCAAAAAACGGAAGAACUAAAAAAACACAUUGGUCAGGGUGUCAAAAUAAAAAUGGACGACGCUGGCAAUAUACUGAUAAGACGUUACGCGAAAAGUAAUGUGUAUGUCAAAAGUACAGCCAGCCAUCCAAAUGAGGAAACUUCCAUUGGUGCCGAUAUCCUAAAGUUACCCAAUCAAGCUCUCGAAAAUGAGAAAAUAGUCAAAUUAUUUGAUAUGAAAAAGUUCCAAUCGAAUGUGAAUCGUGAGUUGCGACGCGCCUAUCCAGAUCGUCGACGUUUAGAAACGCAAUGUCUAUCAGCGGUAGCUUUUGUGAAAUCAGAAAAUGACAUACUCGAGUGUCCCAUAUGGGUUCUCAUUGUAAAUGUUGUAGCCAUGGAUAUGCUGAAAAGCAAAUUGCCACCAGCGCAACGUUCGAUGGUGGAUAUUAAGAAUCGUCCUCGCAUACCGAUACCCGAUGAAGAUCCUUACAGUGUGGCUGGCAACGGCAGCGGUGGCAGUAUGAUGUCCAUACAUAGUGGUCAAACGCCACAAACGCAACAAACAACAUCACAACAACAACAACAGCAACAACAACAGCAACAACAACAACAGCAACAAAACACUGGCGGUGGCAUGCAUUUGAAUAAUGGCAACAGUAUUAUGGUGAAUGGUAGCGGUCAUGUGGCAGCUACUAGAGAACAAUUGCUAAUGCAAACACAACAAUUGGCACACAAACGUAGCGAGAAACCACCAAAAUUACCACCCAGAGAUAAUAGCAAUUAUGGACUUGAACCCAAGCCGGAUUAUGAUGACAUUGACGCUGAAACCAGAAUAAAAAUGUCGCGAGGCAAAUCGGAUAAAGGCAAAGAUAAUAAGAAAUAUGAUGAUCCUUACUAUUGUGGGUUAAGAGCUCGUGUACCAAAUUUCGUUAAAUCAUCAUCCAAAACAGCCAAGGAUCAUAUGGCCGCAGGGGCAGCCGUGCUCAACACGAGCUCAACAUCACAGUCACCAUCGGCCGUCGCUGCCAACAUGAUGAAUACUUUAUCUGCACAAAAAAAGACUUCAAUGAUGAUGCCUAUGCAUCCUAGCAUGCAUGCGCCGCCGCCACCGCAUAUGCAUCCACAUCACAUACAACAACAGCAAAUGAUGGCAAUGGCUGCCGUUCAUGCUGUCCAGCAUCCGGUCGCCGCGGCGGCUGCAGCAGCCGCUCAUCAUCAUCUCCAUCAGCAUUCGCAUCCCAUGUGGCAGGCGCGCAGUUUUGAAAGUGGCAUAGAUGCCGAUAUUAUGGAAUCACCUUAUAAUCACAUAUAUGGUCGUUUACCUUUACCUACACGAGGUUAUAUACCGACACCCCGCAGCAUGUACAUCGGUGAAUGGGAUUAAGAUUGUUAAUUAAACUAAGUAUAAAAUUAAAUUAUAAAAAAAGCAAAAAAAAAAGAAUUUUGUAAAUGUAAAUUGUUAGUUUUGAAAAGGAAAACGUGAAUCCAUAAAUCACUAUAAGGCAGCAAUUUUAGUAUAUUUUCACGCAAACAUAUUGAAAUUAAACGCCAUUAAAUUCUUAGAAAAACAAAAAUUUCAUUAUCAAUUAUGCAAUGUAUUAGAGAAAUUAAAACCAUUAUAUUUUUUUUAUUUUCUUUGUUUUCUUAUUAUGCAUACGAUAUAACAAAUAAAUUAAAUAGUUUCCAUUUUUCAAGUUCACUUAGUAAAUAUUCGCAAAGUUACCAGGCUCGAUUGUUUUUAAGUGCAUAUCGUGUAAGAAGAAGAAGAAGACAUUGAAUGUA